AUGAUAGACGACCUCGCCACCCAGAGGACAGGCCAAAGUCGUCGAUUUGUUCAUAACCCGGAUACUAACGACAGCUUCUGGAAAUUCCCACCGGAUGUAUUGAAAGGGGUUGUCGAGUAUGAUCGUCUCGAACGGGAAAGAACAGAGCGGGGUGAGCGGGGUGAACCAAGUGGAGAAGAGCAACCAGAAGCGGGGGUUCCUGGAAGUGUGUCACAGGAACGCGAGCAAUUACCCUCUGUCGGUCGGAAUGAACCUAGGGAGGAAGAGGAUAGCGAUGAGUAUGAAGAGGUCGAGGUAACGGACGAAGAGGGCGAGGAGGGGACUAAACCAUACAAAAGGGAGGGAACCGAUAAAGAAGCCAGCGAGACCGGACCCAUCGAAUUCAAUGAAGGUGAUAUCGAAUAUCAGCUUGCAGCCAUGGGUGAGGAAUACGGAUUGGACCCUGGAGAAUAUGGAGAGCCGGGUGAGGAGGGAUGGGAGGACGGCGCAGAGGGUCUCCCACUCACAGCAGAGGACUCAGUGGCAUUGUUCCGCGACCUACUCGAUGAUUUCCGGAUAAACCCUUACAUGCCAUGGGAGAAGCUAAUUGAAGAGGGUAAAAUCAUUGACGACUCCAGAUACACGAUAAUGCCCAAUAUGAGAUCGCGCCGUGAGGCCUGGACCGACUGGAGCCGCGAUCGGAUACAAGACUUGAAAGAACGACGAGAAAAGGAAGAAAAGAAAGAUCCCCGAAUCCGCUUCCUUGCUUUCCUACAGGAAUAUGCCACACCGAAAUUAUACUGGCCAGAGUUCAAACGUAAAUAUAGAAAGGAACCAGAAAUGAAGGAUAAUAAGUUAUCAGAUAAAGACCGGGAAAAGCUCUACCGGGACCAUGUAUCACGCCUUAAAUUAUCCGAAAGUACUCGAAAAUCGGACCUUUCCACCCUUCUCAAGUCCAUACCCAUCCACGAGCUGAACAGAUCGUCGACGCCGGAUACGCUUCCUGCUAGUAUCCUCGCGGACCUACGAUAUAUCUCAUUGGCACCCAACGUUCGCGAUUCGCUAAUUCAAGCAUACAUAUUAACUCUGUCCCCCUCACCCGAGCCGGAUAAUAUAUCUGCUGAGGAACGAGCAGCACGCGAUAAACGUCGGGCUGAGCGGGAGAAACGGGAAAAGGCAUUUGCCGAACGGGAGUUAUUGGUGCAAGAGCAAAAGCGGAAGCAAAGGGGUGCAUUGAUGCAUGGCAGGGAUAUGUUACGUCAAGGAGAAGCGGAGUUGGCAAUGGCGAUGCGGGUUGGCAAGGAGGGAUUGAAAAGUCAUAUGGAGCCGAAGAUGGCAGCUCAAGUUCUCUCUGAUGAUAAUGAUGGUUAG